AUGGCGGCAGCUUGUAAGCUCUCACCGCUCUUCUCUCCAACUCCUCUCCCACAAUCCCCCUCCUCCCGCCGUCUCUGCGGCAGCGGGCUACGGCGGCUUGGCUAUGGCACGCGGCAGCGUCGUCGUCCUCAGAGCUCGGUAUGUGCCUCUCUUCCGCCGGAUGCCGUCGAGGCAAUGGCUUCCUUGCCGGCUCCUCUCUUCUCCUUGGCGGCGGAGGGUGGGAGCGUGGGGUACUCGCUGGCGAGCUACUACACCUCGCUGGGGCUGUUCGUGAUCUCCGUGCCUGGACUCUGGUCUCUCAUCAAGCGAUCCGUCAAAUCCAAGGUUCUUCCACUCGGUCCCAAUUUCUCUCUCUUGCGUGCUCGUCGAUUCCGCGGGAUUCUCCCUUCUUCCCAAUCUUAUUCAUCGUUGAUUCGUCCUGCGAAAUCGGCGGGGAAUUGGCGUGUCCGCAGGUGGUGCAGAAGACGUUCGAAUUGGAAGGAGAGAGCCAGAAGUCUCCCAACCAGGUCGCCGGUGAGAUCCUCUCCUUCUUCACUCGUAACAACUUCGCCAUCACCGACCGUGGGGAGACCAUCACGUAACUCUCUCUCUCUCUCUCCCUCCCUCCCUCCCUCCCUCCCGAGGCCCUGGAUUAUCAACAAUUCUCUGAUUUUUCCUUGGCAUAACCUUCUCUCUCUCUCUCUCUGUCUCUCUCUCUCUGUGGUUAUCCAUCUCUACUCCAGACCUGGACUGUGUUUGCCACAUUCAAAACCAUUUCCUGAUGACGAACCCCUCCCUCCCUCCCUCUCUCUCUCUCUCUCUCUCUCUCUCUCUCUCUCUCUCUCUCUCUCUCUCUCUCUCUCUUUCUCUCUGCGCUUUCCUUACCGCGGUAUCUUCUCCAUGUGAGAAGGUUCGAAGGGGUGAUGGUGCCGAGCAGAGGGCAAGCGGCUCUCCUCACCUUUUGCACCUGCAUCAGCCUCGCCAGCGUCGGCCUGGUUCUCUCCAUCACCUUCCCCGAAGGAGGCAACAACUGGUUCUGGCUCACCCUCCUCAGCCCCUCCGCGUGAGCACUCCCGCCAUUAAACCCCCCAUCUUUCUCUCUCUCUCUUUCUCUCCUCUGUAAAUCCGACCUUCUUCUUAAUGAUGAUGAUCCAGGGGGGCAUACUACUGGAAGAGAGCUUCGAGGAAGGAGGAGAUCAAAGUGAAGAUGACACUGGCGGAGGACGGGAGCCUGUCGGAGAUCGUCGUCCGGGGGGAUGACCAACAGGUGGAGCAGAUGAGGAAGGAGCUCCAGCUGAGCGAGAAAGGGAUGAUCUACGUCAAGGGCAUCUUCGAGAGGUAA